AGGUAUUUUCCUGCACUAAAUGCGGGGACUGCUUCUCUUCGCAAAUGUGCCUUGAAAGGCACAAUCGCCAUCAUCACACCGAGAGGCCGCAGGGCGCGCACAGUUGUUCUACAUGCGGCUACUCCACUAACCAAAGAUGGCGGUUCGACCAGCACAGCUUGACUCACACAGGAGAAAGGCCGUACGUGUGCGAAAUAUGCAAAAAGGACUUCACAUGGCGCACCGACCUCAAUGUCCACUUGCUGGCCCACACUCAAGAGAGGCCGUACGAGUGCCCAGAAUGCGGCGAGCGCUUCAACUGCCCAUCUCACCUGCACCGCCACAAAAAAAUGCACUCGGGCGACCCACGGCCGCACGUCUGUCCUGACUGCGGCAAAUGCUACGCGAGAAAAGACUACCUCAAGGUGCACGUGCUCACCCACGUGGCAGAGCGUCGGUACGAAUGCGCGGAAUGCGGCAGGAAGUUUGCUGACCCGAGUAACGCCAGACAUCACUACCUUUUUGUGCACGCCAAGCAGUAUCCGCUCUCAUGUCCGCAUUGCGGUCAGGGAUUUGCAAGUCGGCGUGACGUACGGCGACACGUGCGAGCGAGGCACGAUGGCCAAGAAGAUUGACUGCAAGGCUGGCACGACUUACUUGAGGAUUGGCGUCGCAGCAGGCAGUGCUGCCCAAUAAAAUUUUCGCCACAAGAUCGUGACGAACAAAACGCUUUCAGCAACUCAACUGAACGCACGGUAAGAACAGAUGUUUACUGAGCAUUUGUCCAGUGGCAUGAAAACACACUGCACAGAAAAAGGCAACACAGGCGAAUAAUGUUUGUUAGUUUCGU